AUGGAUUCCAACAACAACAAUAACCGCAUGAACAUGAACUACGGGUACAAUGACCGCAACUACAACGCGGCCAACAACCGCGCCUAUCCCACUACCCCCUCCGCGUUCCCUCAGCCCAUCUAUCAGACUCAGGGGGCCCAGGACUAUGUCGACCCCUCCAAUCCUGCCUACGCACCCGGAUACUUCAUGGCCAACCCAUACCCCGCGCAGGCACAGUAUGCCCAGCAGCAGCAACAGCAGUACGCGCAGCAGCAGGCUCUGCAAUCGCCCCAACCCGCCUAUCAGACUCGCGUAGGCUACGCCAACGAUGGAACGAACGGUCUCAUCCAGCAGUUCUCCAACCAGGACCUCAACGCCAACCGUGGAGGCUUCUUCAACCGGGCGGCCUCCCCCGCUUCUCGCCCUCGGACUGCUGGAGGAUCUCCCGCUGGCCAGGCGCAGGCCGCGCACUUGGCCCCUCCAGUGCCUCGCAGCCCUCGCCCGCCGGCGGAGAAUGAGGAGCUGCAGCGAUUCCCUGAUCGCUACUCGGAGAAUGUGCACAAGCGCGGCAAGGCCGCAAAGGAGUUGGUGACGGUCUUCUUCCAUGAGAACAUUGAACGGGCCCGGGAUCGCAACAUGCGCUCCGUUGACCUCGACAAGACUCUACAAGACCCGAGCAUUCCUUCCACCAAGAAGCGCCAAGAGGCCGAAGGCAUCUCCAAGAGGGAAUCGGAUUUCCUUCGAUUCCUCCGUACCAAGGAAACCCCUCAGAACUUCCAGACCAUUAAGAUCAUUGGCAAGGGUGCAUUCGGUGAAGUGAAAUUGGUGCAGCGCAAGACGGAUGGCAAGAUCUACGCCCUCAAGUCUCUCAUCAAAUCGGAGAUGUUCAAGAAGGACCAGUUGGCACAUGUUCGUGCCGAGCGUGAUAUUCUGGCAGACUCGAAGGAUAACCCAUGGUUGGUGAAGCUGCACGCCUCAUUCCAGGAUGCGGCGUACCUUUACUUGCUUAUGGAGUUCUUGCCUGGUGGUGAUUUGAUGACUAUGCUCAUCAAGUACGAAAUUUUCUCUGAGGACAUCACUCGUUUCUACAUGGCUGAGGUGGUUAUGGCUAUCGAGGCCGUUCACAAGCUCGGCUUCCUUCAUCGUGACAUCAAACCUGACAACAUUCUUCUUGACCGCGGUGGCCAUGUCAAGCUCACUGAUUUCGGUCUUUCAACCGGUGGCAAGAAGACUCACGACAACGCUUAUUAUCAGAACCUCCUCAAGAACUCCACGUCAAAGGACCGGAACCGUAACUCCGGUUACUUCAACGAUGCCAUCAACUUGACUGUCUCCAACCGUGGCCAGAUCAACACUUGGCGAAAGUCUCGCCGCGCUAUGGCGUACUCGACUGUUGGAACCCCCGACUACAUUGCGCCCGAGAUCUUCAAUGGUCAAGGUUACACCUAUCUGUGCGAUUGGUGGUCUGUGGGUGCCAUCAUGUUCGAGUGUCUCGUUGGCUGGCCUCCUUUCUGCGCCGAGGAUACCACCGACACUUAUCGCAAGAUCGUGAACUGGCGCGAGUGUCUGUACUUCCCCGAUGAGCUGGUUCUCUCCCGUGAGUCUGAGUCAUUGAUCCGAAGCUUCCUGUGUGACCCUGAGCACCGUAUCGGUAGCGAGGGUGGUCAACAUGGUGGUGCGACCCAAAUCAAGAACCACCCCUUCUUCCGAGGUGUCGUGUGGGACCAGCUGCGCAGCAUUCGCGCACCCUUCGAGCCCAGACUCAGCUCGAACAUUGACGUGUCGUACUUCCCGAUUGACGAGAUUCCUCAGGAGGAUACUAGCGCCAUUCAUCGUGCUCAGGCUCGGGCUAUGCCAGAUUCACAGGAGGCUGAGAUGAGCUUGCCCUUCAUCGGCUACACUUACAAGGCCUUUAACGCUUUCCAAAGUAGUUAA